AUGCUUGCCUCUGACAACACAAUGACGACCGGAUACGACGAGGUUAAAGUCGCCGCCGCGACAGCGGCCUUUGCCGCUACCAACGCCGGUAACAGCUCUACGAUCGCCGCUUCUUACAUUUCCGACGCACUGGUCUAUAUUUCCAAUGCUGUCCAGUUCCAAGGAGCUCUUGACUACGAGGUUCUGUCCUCUUGUCUCCUUCAGGCUCAGCGUGCUGUAAUAGAAGCGAGCGAAGCGGCUGAUAAUGCACGAGUCGCUGCUGAUAUCGCCGCUGAGGUAUCUGAGAAGCCCAAGGAUGAGUGUGAAACAGACUGCGACUCGGGAUAUGAGAGCAUUCCAGAGGCCUGGUUAACUGUAGCCGAGCUUUGGGUCGACGCCGAUUCAAGCGAUGUGCACGGUGCAAAGGCAGGCAUGGAUGUCCCUAAACCUACCCCUCCCAAACAUGAGGGCCAGCGGCGUCUUGUCCCCGGUGUAUUCAUCAAUAAUGAUGACGGUGGCCGUGUAGAGUCCGGGUACGGAGACCGAGUCGAAACUCUGGACUUCGCCAACCUUGUCAUUGUCGAGGAGAGUCAUUUGGUGUCUUUGCAUGAGUUUGCCCUUGUGACUGAGCCCUUGCUGCGGCAACUUGCUGCUCACUCGGAUAAAAUGGCUAUUUCUGACGGUGAUAUUUAUGCUAACGGAUUUCUCUAUGUUGAUGACCCUUGUGAGCCCAUAAAGUAUGGGUUUGGGAGGGUUAAGGAAGUGUUUAAAAACGACAGGGUACCUAUUGUUUCUAAGCCUUAG